AUGCCCGACGGCAGCCGCUCCUCUCUCCUGACGAGCGCUGAGCGGUGCUGCGCCCACUCGACGCCAGACACCCUCGAGGGACUGGCACGGGCCGCGGGCGCCUCCGUGCUCGAGGUGGCAGGGGCGUGCCCCCCGCGCCUGCGCUGGGCCUGCCGGGCGGCGGAGAACCGGACCGCGCGGGCGCGCGGGACGCUGGCGCGGGUGCGCCGGCAGCUGGCCCUGGAGGGGUCGCGCAGCGAGGCCGCGGGCGCCAUCCCCGUGCUGGGCUGGCCCGUGGCCUUCGACCCGGCGGGCCUGUCCCUCAGGCUGCUGCGGUCGAUCGACUUCCCCGUGCAGCAGCUGGUGCUCGUCGCGAGCGGCCCGGCCGCGCACCUGCAGCGGCUCCUCCGGCGGGCCCAGGAACUCCGCGCCGACGUGCGGGUGGUCCAGUCCGCGCAGAACCUCGGCUGCGCGGGAGGCUGGAACGAGGUCAUCGGGGCCGUGCCCGAGGCUCCUUGGUGGCUUGUGGCGUCGCACGACGUGGCUUUCCCUCCAGGGGCACUGUCCCUCAUCGCGGCCAGGACGGAGGCAGCCCUGCGGCGCGAGUCGCGGGGGGGGCCCCUGGCCCCUGGGCUCCGGAGCUUCGCCAUCCGCGGCCAAUCUUUCCACGCGAUCACCCUGCCAGCGUUCGUGCUCACGCGGCGCGCAGUGGCGGCGGCAGGCCUGUUCGACGAAAACUUCUGGCCCGCGUACGCCGAGGACCUCGAUUUCCUCCAGCGGCUGCGGCUGGCAGGUGGCUCCCGGUCGGGCGCGGCGUCGCUUCAGGACCGGAGCGUCGAGAUCGUCCAUGGCCCCGAGGGCUGGACCGACGGGGUGCACUACAGCGGCAUCGAGCAGUUCGCCGUGGAGCCGCUCGCGAGAGCCCCCCGGGACGACGAGGGCGUCCAGUGGUACGUCGGGGAGCAGCUGCGGGCCGCGAACAACUACCACCUGCGCCCGCGGUCCAGGGCGCCCGAUGCGGCGCAGCCGGUGGAAGGCGCCCCAGGAGCUGAAACGCUUCCAUCAAUCCCUUAG